GAAGAUAAUAUGUGACAGCUAUAGAUGUCUUAGGGCAAGCGAGAAGUCGUGCACCGUUGAACCGAUAGUUAACUCGUAUGCAUAUACUACAUACAUACAUACCUUUGUACUAGUAGGUAGUGACAACAUUAUGGGUACUCAGAUUUGUUCUACAUCAGUGUAUCGGCAACGCGAGCUGGUGGUCAUUCCAAUAUCGUUUCUUAUUUUAAUUACCUUCUUCCAGGUCAACCAUCUACUUCAAUUGACAUCCUAUUCUUUAGAACAAGGUAAAUCGUCGAACGCACAUCUCGAGUUCGCUAUUUACUCAAUUCUUCGGACCUCAUCAGCAGCUCGGGGUUAUGUACCUACCUAAAUGAAUACCUGCCUCAAUAGGUAGUCAUAAUUUAUUCGUUGAUCAUUGGUUGGAUCCAGCUCCUACCACGUCAUAGGAACAAUUCUAAGUUUACGACGACUGGGAUAACUCGUGGAUAAUCAUCGUAUCUAGUAGGGACGACCUUGGAAACUUGAACGUACAUUCCAGGUAGGUAUCGUUAGGUACAUAUGUUUACAUGUCUACCGUACGAUAGGUGAGGUACCUUCGUCGGUCGUCGACAUUAGCUCGGCAAGGGGAAUCCGGUAUCCUGGAACAAGCCGCGCAAUCCACGUUCCCCACACGCCUACCCCAAGUACCCCAACGCCAUUCCUAUUUCUACCUGCUGGUCCUUGCUCUGGCGCGACUCUUUUCUCCUCCAUGAUGGCUAUUGGCUAUCAGCGGAAACUUAUAGGCUUUAUGCCACGUCGAAAUAUCCUCCUCCCCAUCAUCUGCAUCGCUCUCCUCGUCGCGGCAUGGACCUUCCGUGCCCCUCCUCCGUCUAUCGAUAGAUGGCUUGACGUCGGCGCUAUUCGAGGCGGCGCAUCCUCGCCCACGUCUUCCCUCCAUCCUCCGCCACCGGCUCAAUCGCACAACGAUGUCGAUCUGUCAGCCCCCGACGCGCCUUUCGUCGGCUGGCCGCUGCGAAGAGUAUGCGACGAGGCUGCGUGGGUUCAAGGCCUGGUAUUCAUCUGCGACAAUAAUUCCGGAGGCGUCGGCAACAUAAGGAAUUAUAUACACACCUGCAUACGAUACGGUCUCGAGGCUGGAGCGACCGGACUUGUCAUGCCCAAAAUUCGGAAGCGCAACGAGACGGACCUGGCUGACCUCUUUACCGACUACCUACCAUUUAAUUACAUGUUCGACGAGAAACACUUCAAAAACGCCUUCGCCGCCAACUGUCCCCAGAUCACUAUCUACGAUGACAUUAAGGACAUACCGGGCGUGGGUGGUAAACCUAACAUCGAGCACAUCACGCCCAAGAAGUUUGGAAGCCGCGAGGGUUGCGAUUUUAGGGACCAGAAUCGCCACACGGACCGUUUCGGUGACAGGUUCCGCGGAUGGCUAAACGACUCCAAAACCGGUCAAAACCCGCCCUCUCAAAACCAUCCGCGGCUAAUCCGCUUCAACUGGGGUGUAUUAUGGGACUGGCAGACCUACCGUGACGGGCCCGAGUUUGCGAAUACGUUUGGCAGCAUCCUCAGGUUUAACGACCGGAUUUUGCGCUUAGGGAAGACAGCGCUGAAGAGGAUGCGCGCUUACGCGGAGGCCAACGGGGUCAAGGAUGGCAGGUUUCUCGGCGUGCAUUUGAGGACGGAAAGCGACGCUCUGGGCUUCUGGCCUACGUACAAUACCCAGAGCGAAGCUUACCUCAAGCAAGCCACUAAGAGGGGGUUUGAGGUAGCAUACAUAGCUACGGGGGACUCCCUAGAAGCGCAGAACUUCGCGGGCGCGGCCAUCGAACUGGCGCAGAUGAAGGUCGUCACCAAGGCGGACUUGCUGGAUGACGAAGACUUGGACGAGCUAGACUCGCUGAGCUGGGAUCAGCAGGGUUUAAUCGACUUGAUCGUCCUACUAGGAAGCGACUACUUCGUGGGUGCUAUGCCGAGCAGUUUCUCGAUCUACACGGCUAUGAAGCGACAUCUAAGAACGGGGGGUCUGUACACGAGACCGUACAAGGUAGGCACAGAAGGAGACGGGUUAUCGUAUCUCGUAGGCAACUACGAUAAGUACUGGGAAGGUUGGCUCUAUAUGUGGGAUGGCAUGUGGCCAUAAGGUUCGAUACUGUAUUCUUAGCAAUGGUUUAUCGUUAUACAGAGUAGGCAUAAAUAUUAUAAUAAGAUACUAUAAAAAUGUA